AUGUCUAAUUCUACGGAUUUUCGACUACAAACCUCGGUAUUAUGUCACUCUUUCCUACUAGCUAGUACAGAUAAACAAGAUGCCAGUUACCUGAUUGACUUAACCGACAACACGAAUACUGAUCUAAAUUUUGUUCCUAAUGGACAAGAAAUUAUCAAAUCAUUACUUAUGUUGGUCAGAGAUUUCAAUCAACGUUUCAGCCGAACACAUGAAAUAGAACCAGUUGCUGAAAGUUUGGGUAUCGAUUCCGACAAACCAGUUGAUAAAACAGCUUUGGAAAUAUUCUAUCUUGAAAUAUUAGAUGGCUUAUUCGAAAAAUUGAACUGGGGGCGUAUUGUAGCAAUGUUUGCAUUUCUACGUAUACUGGUUUUAAGAUUAUCCAAACAUGGACAUAGUGAUGCAAUAAAGAUGCUUAUCAAAAUAACAAGUCAGUAUUCUGAUGAGAAGCUGAAGAGUUGGAUUGAUCUUCAUGAUGGUUGGUCUGGAUUAAUCGAAUUCAGUGGUCACCAAUUUGUAAAUGAUGGACAGGAACUAAUCUGGAAAACAUUACGCAAUGUUGGUGGGCUUGCCACUGGAGCUGUUGGAGCACUUGGUUUAGCUGCUCUUGUCAGUUAUAUCGCAAAUAAGAUUUAAUUCUAUGGCAUUAUGUUUAUAAAAUAUUGAUCGGGCUUUCGUUUAUUAGUAAUAUGACUAGGACCAUCACUACCACUGUUAAUUUCUUCUUUUUAAUUACUCGUCCUCUUACCACUAAUGAGGGCAAUGAAUA